AUGGUUGAAGCUUCUGCAGGCGUGUCCCAGCCUAAGAUCUCGUACCAACAGCCAUCCAUAAAGGGCCUUGACGCCGCAGCUAGCCCGGAGGGGGUCUUCCAAUGCAGACAUUGCCCACGACAGUUCCCCUGCCAUCAGCCAUAUGUGUUCCAUUUGCAGAAGCACGGUGACGCCCCCGAACGUAUUUACAUCGAAUACAAGCAACCGCCUGCCUUGAGGCUAGAUAUCAGAGCCAUUCAUCGCGUUUGGUGUGAUCGCGGUAUCCACUGUGUCCAUGUAACUAUCUCGCAACCCUUUGGACCUACCACUACAAUACGAGAAGUAGACGAAGAAGUAAUAUACACCACUGAAGAAUUCCUCCAAGAAGAUUUCGAUUCUUCGGAAAUACACAAAGAUGCAGUCAAAAGGAUCGAAGAGCUUGAUGCGAAAUGUUGUAGGCCAAUUCAGGGUAUAAUCAUGGUAGGAACUAUAAGGCAUUCACCUUUGGAUUUGAGAACUGAUUCUAUACAGUCCAGCCCCGAAACUUUCGUAAAACGUCUGCGAUCAUACAUCUUUGCAUGUAUUCCGACCCUGAGAAAGUCUAAGUCCAGUCGUCAGUCUAGCACAUCAAACCCAAAACCGACCUCUCUCUAUCCGUCGACAGAAGGUAUCAGUACUAAAAACGGGUAUGAUUCAGUUGCUAACGAUUCAACAUCAACAACAAAUACUGUUCUUCCCGAAGAUAUCACUGCAAUUAUAGCUGUAGAGUCUUUCUACUCGACUUCCGAAGGUGUUCGUGGCCACGGGGUGCUUGUCGCAACCCGGUCGGACACUAUAAUUCUCUUACAGAGAGUGGAUCUUGGCGCGCUUCAGCUGCACGUGCGCGUCGUGAACCAACUACGAUACAUAGUUGGUGAACAUACCUACGAGGAGUUGUUGAAAUUCGAGGAAAAGCGCAUGGAGGUUCCAUUCCCAGUUUAUUCUGGUACCCUAUCGGAUUCCUUGCCAAUUGAAGUAGGCAAAGAGCUUCCGUUGGAUGAAUGCUGUCCUAUGCUUCAAGCCCAAGUUCACAACUUUCUCUCUAUGUAG